AUGGAAGAUCGAAAAUCAUCAAAAUCCGAAACGAAAUCUCGAACGUCAUCGAGCAAAUCAUCGAAAUUGUAUUCCAGCAAAUAUGGCGAACGUAGCAAUAGUCGUGAAAGUUCCAUGGCCAUGCAAAAAUAUAAUCCGAAUAUGCGUUUUAUACGCAAAAGUGUGGAAACGCCGGCACGAAAUGUUACCACCAACUAUCUGGAAUUGGAAACAGAAUUUCCCCGAGAUUAUGAUGAUAAUAUUGAAAUGUUAUCUCGUGAAGCGGAACAUUUGGAAGAACAAUUUCGUACCCCGACACGUACAAGUACAACAGACUUAACAUGUGGUACGGAAAUAAUUCGGCCCGUAACGCCUACACCAACACGUAUUGUACGCCCCGAGGGUGUCGAGUUAAAGCUUCGAGAAUCACCCAGUACCCCGGAGAAAGAAUCGAAAUCAUCGCGUGCAGGUGGUAAACAUUCAAAACGUGUAGGGUUUAAGGUUGAAGAGAAGCUGGAGGAACAAGUUGCUGAAUGUAGUGUGGUGGCAAAGGGUACAUCGAAGCUGUCGCAUGCUGAAAGUCCCCAAACUGAUUCACAGAAAACUAAUUUACAAAUACCAAAAACAACAACAUCAUUGUCAUCAAGUGCUCCUGCCACUCCGGUACCGGUGUCAACGACGACCACAACUACUAUUUCCACAAAGGAUGAUGAUGACGAACCGGUAGCCAUGUCGCCAUGUGGUCGUUUUUUUAAAUAUGACAAGGAAGUCGGCAGAGGUAGCUUCAAAACUGUUUACCGGGGCUUGGACACCGAAACUGGAGUGGCCGUGGCCUGGUGUGAAUUACUCGACAAGCAAGUCAAGAAAAGUGAACGCAAACGUUUCCGCGAAGAGGCCGAUAUGCUGAAGAAGUUACAGCAUCCCAAUAUUGUACGCUUCUAUACCUAUUGGGAAUUUAGUGUGGCGCGUAAGAAAAAUAUUGUCUUGGUCACAGAGCUAAUGUUAUCCGGCACCCUGAAAUCCUAUUUGAAACGUUUCAAGAAAAUCAAUCCCAAGGUAUUGAAAUCGUGGUGUCGUCAAAUACUCAAGGGUUUACAUUUUUUACAUACCCGUCCGCUGCCUAUUAUACAUCGGGAUUUGAAAUGUGAUAAUAUUUUCAUUACCGGUACCACGGGUAGUGUAAAAAUUGGCGAUUUGGGUUUGGCCACACUGAAAAAUCGUUCACAUGCCAAAUCGGUAAUUGGCACGCCGGAAUUUAUGGCACCCGAAAUGUACGAGGAGCACUACGAUGAAUCGGUGGAUGUGUACGCCUUCGGAAUGUGCAUGUUGGAAAUGGCUGUGUCCGAAUAUCCCUACAGUGAGUGCAAGGGCCCGGCCCAGAUAUAUAAAAAGGUGAUAUCGGGUAUUAAGCCGGCGGCUUUGAGCAAAGUCGAAGAUCCCAAGGUAAGGGAAAUUAUUGAAAAAUGUAUAGAACUGAAAAAGGAAGAUCGCCCAAAGUGUAAGGAUUUAUUAAAUUCCGAAUUCUUUGAAGAGGAUAUUGGUAUUCGCGUAGAACCCACUUCGACGGAGGCCUUUCUAGAGAAUCCCAAUAAUAAUGUUAUUGAGUUUCGUUUGAGAUUUUUGGAUCCCAAGAAGCGAUCUUCAAAACACAAAGAAAACGAAGCCAUUCAAUUUGAAUAUGAUGUGGUCAAUGAUGAUUGUGAACGGGUGUGUGAUGAUAUGAUGCAGGAGAAUCUUAUUACCGAAGAAGAUGCUCGUGCCAUUGUACGGCUCUUGAAAGUCCAAGUAUUUUCAUUGCUGAAAGAACGUGUCCAGCGGCAAACACAAUUUCAAUUACAAAAUGAAAAGUCGCGUUUGGAAAAAAUUGCUCUACAAAAGCAACGUGAAAUGUUGCCGGAAAAUGUUGAAGAAGAAGAGGAGGAGGAUGAAGUCGAUUCCGAAGAAGAUGAGGAUGGCAAUAAGGCUAGUCAAAAACAAUUAAAUCAAAUGCAAGUAGGAACAACAGCAUCUAGCACACAAAUGGUAGGUGAUCAGCAGCAGCAACAACAGUUGCAACUCAAUGAUCAGGCGACAAGACCCCAAACAUAUUUGCAAUUCCAAUCGACUCCUAUAUCUUCAUCUGGUUCUCAGGAUGAUCAAAUAACAUCGCCCACAAAUGCGGCGCCCUCUACAACUCAACCCCAGUUCUAUAAUUCUAGUCAAAUAUCAUUGGCCAAUUCGUUGAAUGCCAUUUUACAGCCGGCCAGCAAUCAGUCAGGACAAAAUUUUGUUCAACAGCAGCAACCAUCACAAAUGGAUUUUGGGGCUCAACAACAACCCCCCCAACCUCAAGUGGAUUAUUUAAACCAAGCUAAUAGCCAACAAAUAGUCCAGCAUCAACCACAAGCACAGGUGGAUUAUUUGAAUCAACAAAGUAAUCAGCAGCAGACAACAAUGCAACAACAACAGCAACCACAAGCUCAAGUGGAAUAUUUAACUCAGACAAAAUAUAUCACCCAACAACAACCACAACAAUUGGAAUAUAUCACCCAACAACAAUCACAGCAACAACAGCCCCAACAAUUGGAAUAUAUCACCGCACAGCCGCAACAACAUCCCAUUAUUGAGUAUGUCCCACAACCAACACCUCCCGUACAGCUACAACAAACCCAACCUGAAUUUGUGUCCCAACAAAAACAGCAACAACAAACCCCACCCAUACAAUCGCAACCAACACAACAGGAGUUUCAACAACAAACACAACCAGAAUUUGUACAACAAUCCCAGCAACAGAACCAAACGCAAACGGAAUAUUUACAGCAACAGAACCAAACGCAAUUAAUACAACAACAAGUCCCGCCACGGGAAUAUGUUGCCCAACAACCUCAACAGACUCAAGUGGAAUUUAUACCUCAGGUGGAAUUUAUUGCUCAACAAACACCCACAGCCAUACAGCAGGUUCAACAAAUUCAAGCUCCCCAGCAGCAGCAACAACAGACACCAAUUGAAUAUGUUGCUCAGCAUACAACACCACCAGCACAGACACAACAUUUGCAGCAACCAGAAUUUAUAACCACUCAGCAGCAACAGCAAACGCAUGUUGUUGCCCCAACAGAAUUCAUUUCUAAUCAGCAACAACAACAAAUUGUUGCCCCAUCAGAAUUUAUUUCCAACACACCACAACAACAACAUGUGGCUGGUCAAUCCAUACAACAAAAUCAAAUGCCUAAUGCUUCUGGUCAACAGCCUCAACUGCAGCAACAACAACAACAAAAUGGUUAUAUGCCUCAAACCCAGUUGGAAUUUAUUCCACAGCAGCAGCAACAACAACAGCCACAGUUGCAACAUGAUUUUGUUGGUCUUCAAACACCACCGGCCCAACAAACACCUCAGCAACAGGUCCAGCCAGAUUUUGUUAAUCAAUUGUCAGCUCAGCAAAAUCAAAACCAGGUGGAAUAUAUAAGUCAACCAGUGGCAACUCAGCACCCCCAACAAUCUCAGCCUUCCCAGGUGGAAUAUGUAAGCCAACAAAGCCAAGUGGCAACACAGCAGCACCAACAAUCACAGCUCUCACAAGUGGAGUAUGUAACCCAGCAGUCUCAGCAACAGCAACCACAACAAAUGGAAUAUAUACAACAACAAAUCCCUGCAGUACAACAGCAACAGCCACAGGUUGCUCAAAUAGAAUAUGUAAACCAACAGAGUCCAGCACCACAGCAAACACAAAUUCCCCAAAUGGAAUAUGUAACCCAGCAAACAACUGCUCCGCAAACUACUCAAGUGGAAUAUAUGGGUCAGCAAAAUCAAGUCCCACAACAACAAUCACAACAACAGAUUCAGCAAACUGUGACCAAUCAACAAGCCACAUCCACGCCCACAACAACAACAACUCAACAGCCCCAACUGGAAUAUGGGGCGCCACAGAAUCAAACCCAAGCAAUGCCAGCCACUGGACAACUCCUCAUAAAUGGCCAACAACAAUACAUUCCAUAUGAUUCCCAGCAGCAGCAACAACAACAAUCACCUGCACAACAAACGCAAAUAUUCCAACAACAAAAUCCCCCUAACACACAACCAAUUCAAGAGACAUCAGUUGUGGAUUCUCCCGUAUCUGCGGGCCAACAGCCACAGGCGGCAUUCUCAGAGGCCAUGAACAAUGGUACGACAGUUAUACCAGAACUAAAUGUAACCAAUUCUUCAGAUUCCAAACUUACCAAUGGUGUUUUGGAAAAUCAAGAAACAAUUCAAAAUUCACCUUUGGGCCAGGCUAAUACAAACCAAUACAACGAAAUUAAUUCACUACCAACGCAACCUAACCUCACAAAUCCAGUUGUCGGUGAAUCAUCCAAUCCCAACAGCUAUCAAGAGAAUACCGGCAAUAAUUCCGAUUCAGCAUCUCGAAAAACUAGCACAGCUUCGGAAUAUACCACAAUUACAUCGGAUUAUUCCCCGGAAAAUACCAUCACCCCCAAUUCGGUAUUUCCGCCACGGAAUCAAUAUGUCGAUUUUCUGCAAAAUGAAUAUCCCAAUGUGAAUAUUAUUAAGGACUCCUUGCAGGAUAUUAAAAAGGAGGAUUUGGGAAACAUCAGCAGUGAUGAAUGUACCACAGAGAAUUCUUCACCCCCCUAUGAUUUUCGUGGUUCCAUACCGAAUACUGCAAAUACCCCUGAGAAUAGUAUGAAGGCGGGGCGUAAAAUAUCACGUUUCUUUGUAAAUCCUGUGGUCUUGCCGAAUUCGAACAGCACCACCGCAGCAACAACAACUAAUUCAGAGGAUAGUAAUUCCUUGGGAGAAUCAAAGAACGCCACACAAAUUGAACAGCAGGGUGGUGGUGGCGGCGGUAGUUCCAAGUCUGCAGCAGUGCCUCUGUAUGUUACACCCUCCGGUGAGGAGGCUAGUAAUGCUGUUAUGGCAGCCACCAAUGGUAAUACAAAUCAUUCGCUGGAACAACUGAAAAUCGAAUUGGAAAAUAUUACCCAUGCCCAGGCGUUUGCCUCGGCCAUUGUGGCCUCCAUUAACAAUGAACAUCAACAGCAACAACAACCGCAGCAGCAGGUGACAACACAGUUGACACCUCUUCUUCAACAGCAGCAGCAACAACAGUUACAUGUCCAGGGUGAUGAUGAUACACCCACAGGACCAUUGAGUUCCACACGCAGCUCUACCACCUUUAACUCGAGACGUACCUCUUUGGAUAACAGUGGCUGUAAUGAUAUACAAAAUGCUAUGCCCCUGUUGCAACCGCAACAACAAACCCAUCUCUUGACACAACCAACACAAACGCAAUUUUCCGAAUUUCCUUUGCAAAAUCCAAUUGCCGAACCCAUUGUCAAUAUUUUCGAACACAUGGAUCUGCAUCAAAAACUCUCCAAACAAAAUAGUUUGGAGACACCUCAACUACCACCAUUGUCAGGGGGCAGUGUUGAUUCCACCAUCACCACCAAUACCAAUACGCAGCGUAUGUGUGGCCUCAGCCAAACUAGUAUUGCCGAUUUGGAGAAAAAACUGGCUGCCCUAAGGAAUGUGGAAAUGACAGAUGAAGUUUUCAAUGAACAGCAGAGGACGGAACAGGAAUUGAAUGCCCGUAAGGUAUCGCGAUUUUGUGUUAGUCAUGUUCAAGAACAGCAGCAGCAGCAACUGCAAGCGGCCGCAGAACUGCAGCAGCAGCAGCAGCAACAACAGCUUCUGUUGCAGGAACAACAGGAUACCACACCGACCCAGGAACAACCAUUUGUGGUGCCCGUGACAGUGGCCAUACUAAGGCCUACAAUUGAUUUACAGGCCAUUAAUAGUACGGCCAAUAAUAGUUAUAAUACCCCCACGGAGUUAUUGUCGCCUUCGUCGUUAAACUAUCAGCCUUUGGGUUCGUCGGCGAUACAAAAUCCGGUAACAGCCUCAGCUGCUGCUGCUGUGGUUGUACCCUUGCAAGGUGCUACUGCUGCUCCAAUGUCGGCUCCCAUCUAUAACAUGGAACCAGCUGCUCAAUUACAACAACAACUGCAACAGCAAAUUCAACAACAAAUCCAGAGAUCCAAUGCCAUACAAGCAGAUCUACAGUUGCAACAGCAGCAAUUGCAACAACAACAACAGCAGCAACAACAGCUAUUCAAUCAGACCAUGGCAAAUGUAAUCAAUCAACAAAAUCAGCAACAACCAACAGCUCUUCAUCCCUAUCCUUAUAUACCACAAGAUUUAGUAGAAUCCGCCGCCGGCCGUCUAGCCUUGGCCACCCAGGAGGAACCUAUGUCAUUGGCCGCCACCCAUCCCAAUCUCUUGCCUACAGUCAUACAAUCGGAUAUUAAACACAAUCUAGAUUCCCUGGUCAGCCAGCUGUGUAGUACCCGGCUGGGAGCCACCCAACAUCAACGUUUGCUCUUGCUACGACAACGUCAGCUAAUCGAAGAGGACGAAUUGCGUCUCAAACACUAUGUGGAAUAUGAAAAAUUCCACAAGGCAAUGCGUCAAUCGUCCAUGGAUAUGGUACACACUCAGCAGCCGAUGUUGUACAUACAACCAACCACGAUAAAUCAACAGGGUUAUAUAAAUCUAACCAGUGGAUUUAUGCCACCACCGUUUGGUUCGGUUGGUAGUAUGGCAGGACAUGGGUAUCCCCAUUUCCAGCAGCAACAUUCAAUGUUUAAUACCAAUGUUCAGACAACAGCGGCCAUGUCGGGAUAUGCGGUAAUGUUAAAUCCACAAUUGGCAAUGCAGCAACAACAGGCUCAGCAGCAGCAACAACAACAACAAGCGAACAUGCCAUCACAAUAUACUAUUGUUACAAAUGUGGCAGCAACGGGAGGAGUUCAACAACAGUCCCAGCAGCCUCCGCUACAACAUCAACCCCAGCCACAAAUGGGAAAACAACAACAUCCGCAGCAGCAGCAGCAAAUACUUGGCCCGGCAAAUGCCACAACCGCCACGGCUGCCACAAAUAUUUUCCCUCAAACCAUGGCAUUUGGACAGGACUAG